CACAUCGGUAAUACAAGGGAAGGGACCCUUGUAUAUUAGUGUCCACCAAGCUCAUUAGUACGAGGCCUUUUGGGGAGGACACCCAAGAGUAAAACCGUGCGGGCUUGGCCCAAAGCGGACAAUAUCGUACUAAUUGAGCUCCCCGGUUAUGACAAGUGGUAUCAGAGCUUUGGUUGCGGUUUUGGGAAUUUGGCGCUGGACUGAAGUUUUGUUUUGUGGAGUUUGGUUGGAGUUUGUUUGAUAGUAAGAAUGGCUGCUAUCAGUAUGAAGAUUGAGAAGUUUACCGGAAGAAACAGUUUCAGUUUGUGGCAGAUCAAGAUGCAAGCACUGUUGAAACAACAGAGUUUGUGGGCUCCGUUGUCUGGAAAAUCGAAGAAGGAAAGCAUAGAUGAAGAAGAGUGGAUUAGUUUGGAGGAGAAAGCUCACUCUACAAUCUUGCUUUGUUUGGCUGAUGACAUCAUCACUGAGGUUGCUGCUGAGAAGACUGCUGCGGGUUUGUGGUUGAAGCUUGAAAGUCUAUACAUGACAAAUUCUUUAACCAACAAGUUGCAUAUGAAGCAAAGUUUGUUCAGUUUGCGUAUGGAGGAAGGUAUGUCUCUCAGGAAUCAUCUAGAUCAACUCAAUACCAUCUUGCUAGAUCUGCGGAAUAUUGAUGUUAAAAUAGAUGAUGAGGAUGCUGCCUUAAUUCUGUUAGUAUCUUUGCCACAGUCAUAUGAGAAUUUUGUGGAUUCUUUUAUUGCUGGGAAAGAUAGUUUGUCUUUGGAAGAUGUCAGAUCUGCUCUACAUACUAGAGAGGUUCGACAUAAGGCAUCUGGUUCAUGUUCGGAAAAUCAGGCAUCUGGGUUGGCUGCUACGAGUAGUAGGAGACAACAAUCUGGUAAUAGGAAGGCGAAUACAAAUUCGAAUUCUGCUGGUUUGAAGGAUGAUAUCUGUCAUUACUGCAAGGAGAAAGGACAUUGGAAAUUUGAUUGUCCUAAACUGAAGAAAUAUCAGGAGAAGAAGGAAUCAUCUGCUGCUGUGGCGGAAGAAACUAACUCUGAUUCUGAAGAUGGUUUAGCCUUAACAGUGAAUGAACAGGUACAUCAUCAGGAUGUGUGGUAUUUAGAUACUGCAGCUGAUUAUCAUAUGUGUCCAAGCAGGGAGUGUUUUUCAACUUAUGAGCAGAUUGAUGGAGGACAUGUUUCUAUGGCUAAUGGUGCUAUCUGUAAGAUUGUUGGAAGAGGCUCCGUCAGGAUGAGGACACAUGAUGGUUUUGUUCGCACCUUGAACAAUGUUAGGCAUAUUCCAGAAAUGACUAAGAAUAUAAUAUCUUUGAGUCUACUCGACAACAAGGGUUUCAACUUCAAAGGUGAAGGUGGAGUGUUGUCUGUCUACAAGGGUUCUAAGGUGAUUUUGAAAGGUGUCAAGCGGGGUGCCUUGUAUAGUCUACAAGGUUCUGUUUUGACAUGUUCUGUUGGUGAUAAGUGCACCAAGCUAGUUUUGAAUGACAAGUCUCAGCAUGGGUUGGACUUGCCGAAUGGUUUGAGUUGUUGACCGCCCUUAGGGGCAUUUGGAGGCAGGGGAGGUUCUGGAAAAUUCGGAGAUUUGAAGAGUUUGGUGUCUGAAAAUUUUGGUUGCAUUUGAGUUUGGCGGUUUCGAUCGCAUUUGGAUACGCUGGCGAUAUGUAUCGCGUCUGGGUACAUCUGGCAACUUUGGUUGCGUUUGGUACAUCUGGCAACUUUGGUUGCGUCUGGUACAUCUGGUAUUUGACAGAGAAUUCAAGUCAAGGUGGAGAUUGUUAGAAUAUGACUUGAAUUUGAUUUGGGUUUGUUUUGUGUUUUAGGCCUAUUUUGUUUGGGUUUGGGAUUGGGUUUUGUUUGACCUUUUCCUUGUAUGUUUGGGAUAAGGUAUUUGGUUUUCUGUUUGAGAUUAGGAGAAGAGUUCUAUAAAUACUCUUCAUCUCCCUAAUCUGUAGAAAGGUCAGUCAGGUUAGUUUGUUUGGUUUGUCCGUUUGGAAUUUGGUUUGUAACCUGUACUCUCCUCAAAUUAGUGAAAUUUGUUCUCCCAUGCCCGUGGAUUAGCUAGCACACAUUGUGUUAGUGAACCACGUUAAAUUUGUGUUCGUUCGUGUUGGUUUGGAUUAUCGAUUGCACGCUUCUGCUCUGACAAGUGGUAUCAGAGCCAGGUUCGGCAGAUCCGGGGCGGUGGACGUCAGUUCGGUGGACCCUCGUUUGGUGACCUCGGGAUUUGAGAUUCUCAUAUGGUUUGGUGGAUCCAGGAGAGAUCCACGUUUGGGCUUGGCGGAUCAAAAGAGAGUUCCGCAUUUGGGAAGCAGAUCAAAGAGAGUUCUGCGUCUAGUAAAGUCCUUGUAUCAAGAAGCCCAUCGAUACAAGGCGUCUGGCAGAUCAAGAUAAUUGCUGAGGUGAGGACACGAAGUUCGUGGUCCUUGUCUUGAGGGGAGGAUUGUUAUGAGACAAUCCAAGUACCACAUCGGUAAUACAAGGGAAGGGACCCU